AUGUCGAAUACCCUACCACCCUUUGUGGCGGAAGCUCUAGAAAAAGCAGACAGAAAUCAGAUACAACUUGCUGGUGUCGGCUGUUUUGCACAGGUUAUCAAAGUAGCCGACACCGGGUUUGUCAUUAAGGAAACUUUUGAUCAUCCCGUCGUGGGAAAUUUGCAACCGACAGAAAAACGUAUCUACGAACGACUUGGCCAUCAUCCUUUUAUUCUGCGUUACUACGGCGAGUAUUGUCAGGGAAAUGGUCUCCCAAGUGGGCUUGUUUUUCAAUAUCACCGUGCUGGGACCCUGGCGGACAAUCUUGCGCUCUCGAACUAUCAAGACAAGCGGGCUCAAUGGCCUCUGCAAGCCGCGGAAGCCCUACGAUUUAUCCACUCCAAGAAUGUAAUACAUAGCGACUUUGGCAGCCACAAUUUCUUGAUUCAGGAAGAUGGCACCUUGGCCCUAGCAGAUUUUGGUGGCUCUCGGAUCGACGACACCGCGGCCGUGGUAUCGUAUUCGACACGAUAUGAGAGACCGUGCUCUGACUACGACUUGGACUCGACGGAGAUUGACGACCUAUUUGCUCUUGGGACUAUCUAG